AUGUCCAGGAGACCGCCGAACCCAGCUGCUGAGCGCGCAGCCCAGAACCAGCAGACGAUCAAGAGCCUGCUCAAGCUGGAGGCCAAUAAAGUCUGCGCCGAUUGCAAGAGGAACAAACCUACUACAGAUCCGCGAUGGGCCAGCUGGAACCUGGGCGUCUUUAUCUGCAUCCGCUGCUCGGGCAUCCAUCGUGGCAUGGGCACGCACAUUAGCCGAGUCAAGUCUGUCGAUCUGGAUUCGUGGACCGACGAACAAUUGCAGAGCAUCCUGAGCUGGGGCAAUGCGCGCGCGAACAAGUAUUGGGAAGCCAAGCUGGCGCCAGGCCAUGUUCCCUCCGAGGCCAAGAUUGAGAAUUUCAUUCGCACAAAGUACGAGCUCAAGCGGUGGACCAUGGACGGCCCCAUCCCCGAUCCUGCUACUCUAGAUGCCGAGGGCGACGAUGAUGUCCCGCUCAGCAUCGUCAAGGAGAAGCAGAACAUCGAGCGCAAGGAGUCUAUCAGGAAACAAUCGGUGGGAAAGUCGGCAGCGCCUCAGCAGGCUGAUUUGAUCGGCGGCAUUGGAGGAGAUCCCAUCCCCCAGCGAGCCAGUACUGCUGGCCCGCCGCCGACCAGCAAAGUACCGCCCAAAGCCGAACCGGCACCUCCCAAGGCCACAAGCACAAAGGACUCGCUCCUCGGCCUCGACUUCCUGGGCACAGAAACUGCCGCACCUCCACGCCCCGCCAGCACCACUGGAACAUCUGGAUCGGCAGGUCAGUCUCGGCCAGACCUGAAGCAGUCUAUUCUGUCGCUCUAUGCCACCGCACCUCGCCCCCAAGCCCAAGCUCAACCGCAACAGAGCUCCCACGCACCCUCUGGGUCUUUCAGCGGCAUGCAGUCCCCAGCAGCCCCUCAGCAGCCGAGCGCGGGCCUUACAGAUGCAUUCAGCGGCCUGAGCUUCUCGAGCUCCUCCGGCCCCAAGAGCCCACAGAGUUCCGCUUUCGCCGGCUUGGGCAACUUUUCGAGUAGUCGCCCGGCCCCUCAAUCCAACAACUCUGCCUUCUCCAACCUGAGUGGUGGAAGCUUCUUUGACUCCAAGCCAGCGGCCCCGGUGGCGUCUCAGCAGCCGAAGCCGACCUCUCCCAACUACAGUGCAUUCUCGUCUCCCACUCUCUCGGCGGCGCCUCCCAAACCCGCAGCCGCUCCAGCCCCAGCUUCUGCAGCUCUCGGAGACUUGUUCGACUUCUCUUCCCCGGCCCAGCCUGCGGCAGCCCCUGCGCCUGCAAUACCUAAUCCCAUGCCAUCGGCGUCCGCAACUUCAGUUUUCAACCUCUCUGCAAGCCAGCCCAAAUCUCCGGUGGCGACGUCACCACCUGCCGCCCAAGCCGCGAACCCCAUGGCUUCGCUGGCUCAAUCUUCGGCUGCUUGGGGUGGUUCUGACGUCUGGGGCGGCAAUGCAUGGAGCACCCCUGACACGACGGCCGCUGCCCCCAGCAAGAGCCCAGAGGCAACCAAGGCUACGCCUGCUAGCGAUUUCAACUGGGGCAGCAGCACGGGCAACUCGUUUGCCAACCAGAGCGUCGUGCCCGGUGCAUCUGGCGGCCUGACCACCGCGCCCAAAGUAACUGCGGAUGAGGAGUUUGGGGGAUGGGCAAGCAGUACUGGAAGCAGCAGCAAGCCAGCGGCGAGCUUUGGCGGCAACAAUGAAGAUCUGUUUGGUAAUGUGUGGCAAUGA